AUGGCUGGGGAUUUCGAUCCAGAGAAUAAAAACAGCUGGUUCUUUGGUCCUAUGGCAAGAGAAGAGGCAAAUGAUAUAUUAAAAAAUGAAAGAGAUAGUGGUGUGUUUCUUGUACGUGAAAGUCAAACAAUGAAAGGCAAUCUUGUCUUAUGUGUAAAAGAAGAUAGCAAAACCAGUCAUUACAUAAUUAAUAAAUCCCAACAAGGAGGAGUAACAAAAUUCAAAAUUGGAGACAAUGAAUUCAACAAUAUGCCCAGUUUAUUGACAUUUUAUAAAACCCAUUAUUUAGACAGCACCUGCUUAAUUGCACCUGCUCCUCGAAUGAAAGUCCGUGCCAAAUAUGAUUUUGUAGGAAAUGAUGAUGAAGAUUUGCCCUUCAGGAAAGGAGAAAUCUUGGAAGUAAUUAGUAAGGAUGAAGAGCAAUGGUGGACAGCACAAAAUGACCGUGGUCAAGUUGGACAAAUUCCUGUACCUUAUGUAGAAAAGUAUGAUCCACACCAACCACAAAGGCUGAGUAAUUCUCAAAACAAAGAAUUUUCCAAUCCCACUGUUACAAAUACAUUUACUUCAGCAAUCAACCUCAAGGUGAAGCUUCCAGCAAAAGCCAGGGUCAAACAACAGAGGAUACCCAAUAUCUAUGAUAAGACACAACUAAGGCUUGAGAUUGGAGAUAUCGUGACAAUUCUUUUACAUGCACCCCUUUCUUUCAGUCAGUUUCCAUUCGAACAUUUUUAUGAAAUUGGUAUGUUAAUUUCUCUACCAAUCACAAAGCAAAUUGAACUUCUUUCCUCACAUAUUUUUAAAUUGAGCAAAGUUUCUCUUGCCACAUAUUGUGGUGGUGAUGAUGAUGAUGAUGAUGAUUUGUUAUGA